AUGAUAUUUAUUAAUAAAAUAUUAUAUUAAUUCUGCAAUAACUAAUAAAAAUUGAGAUAUGGUAUUUUUUUAUUUUUUAUUUUUUAAAAAAAUGAAAUAAAAAGAAUUAAUAUAAAAUAAGAUUAUCUAUAUGGUUUAAACCCGACACAAAUAGCUUUGAAUGCUAACAAACGAAAAAUAGUCGAAUUAUCCCUUAAUGAAUCUGUAAAAUAAAACUUACCUCCUAAAAUAGCAAAUAUAAUAAAUAUAGCUUAAUAAAAAGAAAUUCCAAUAAAUUAUAUGAAAAGAGAUAAAUUGGAUAAAUUAGUAAAACAUUAACCACAUUAAAAUGUAAUUAUAAAAUGUGAGCCUCUAAAAUAUAUUAGGAUAAAUUCAAGCGAUAUUUUUUAGGGAAAAAUAAUUGUAUUUCUAGACCAAAUAACUGAUCCUUAGAAUUUCGGGGCUAUUUUAAGAACUUGCUUUUAUUUAGGAGUCGAUAAUGUAGUAGUAGAGGAAAGUAAGAGAUGUCCUUUAAAUUCUACCGUGUCAAAAACUAGUAGUGGGGCAAUGGAAUUAAUGGAUAUUUUUUGUACUUCGAAUUCAGUAGAAUUUAUUAAAGAAUGUUAAAAAUUAAAAUGGAAAGUGUUUGCUUGUGGGGUUAAUUUUGGAUAAAAUAAUAAAUAAAUUUCUUUAGAUAAAUUAAAAUUAAAUAUUGUUAUUAUUUUAGGAAGUGAAGGUAGUGGAGUUAAUAAAGAAUUAUCAAAUUAAGCAGAUAAAAUUUUAUAUAUUAAUUAAAGCAUUUAUUUUGAAAAACCUAUUGUUUUUCCGAAUACUUUGGUUGAUUCUUUAAAUGUGAAUUCAGCAGCAUCUAUUAUAAUCGAAAAUAUUAAAAGGCAAAUGUUUUGA